CCAGCUUUCAUUCCCAUCGUGCCAUUGACGUCCUGACUCUUACGACUUGCUCUACACCGCUAUUGCUUUAUACUUUGACCUAACCCAGCGCUGUCGAACUGGCUCUAUCAUAAUGAACGCGUCAGUCGACCUACAGACGCUCGAACGGUACUGCGAGACUUUGUACAACCCUCCCAACCCUGCCAGUCGGCUCCAAGCUGAGAAUCUUCUCAACUAUCAUUGCCCCACCUUCAGCAAUGACUUCGGCAGUGUCGGAAGCAGCGGCACCGGUGCUGGAGGAGUCAAUGACGCAGCAAAUGCUCAUAGCCCCAACGUCAAUUCGCCAAUCGAAUCUGCGCUGUUCUGUCGAAACUUGCUCGAAAAUUCAAAGAGCCCCUAUGCCUUGAUGUUCGCCACAUCGCGUUUAAAGAUGCUCGUCGAUAAUCAUUUUGCGACUUUUACAACAGCAGAACAACAUGGCCUCCGCUCUUUUGUUCUUCAGUACAUCUAUCAGAACCCCGAUCUACCGACAUUCAUUCUCGCAGCCCAGGCUCAGCUCUUUGCAAUGAUCACAAAGCUUGGUUGGGUCGAGAACAAGGAAUUUCGCUCGCUCUUGGAACACAUUCAGGUCUUCUUUCAGCAUGGAACGAACCAUCGCAUCUUAGGAGUUCGGAUAUUAACUGCUGUUGCUACUGAGAUGAAUAUACCUGGUUCGAGAAACGUGGUCAAGCAUCGAAAGAGCGCUGUUGGAUUCCGAGACGCUCAAUUACUUCCUAUAUUCCAGGCAGCUCUUGCCAUGCUUAAGACCGUGCUACAGAGCCCACUUACAGACCCUGAAGCAGAAAAGUUGAAAGAGGAUAUCCUUUUGUUGUUGAAAGCGUGCUUGGCAUUUGACUUCAUUGGGGCAUCGCAUGAAGAGGCAUCAGACGAUGUGGGGAGCAUUCAGGUGCCUACAGCAUGGAGGGUCGUCUUUGAGCAAUCAGGAUAUCUGGAUGUCCUUUGGGAAUGCUGGAAGAUUUUCUCGAGCCCUGUUUCCGUUCGAGUGAUGGAAUGCUUAUCCCAGGCAGCGUCGAUCCGUCGUUCAGUGUUUUCCACGGACAGUGCGCGGCAUACGUACAUCCAUCAGAUGAUGCAGGAGACGAUCCUAACUCUUACCACGGCUGCUGGACAAAGCAAACUGCAGGAUGUGAGCAACUUUCAUGAGUUCUGUCGGAUGUUAUCGCGGUUUAAGAGCACAUAUCAACUCGCCGAGGUUUGUGAAUAUAAGGAUUCUGAGCAGUGGCUUUCCGCCAUCGGCGAGUUUACAGCCCAAGGCUUUCAUUCUUGGAAGUGGUCACCGAAUAGUGUUCCGUAUCUGCUGACAUUCUGGAACAAGACUGUGGGCUCACUGAGCUCUGUGAAGCAAGAGACCGAGCUUUUUAUCGAGGAUAUCGCAGUGAACUUGUCUAGGGCCUAUGUCAAGUCACGUCUGGACUGUGUUCAUGCAGUUAUGGACGGAGAGGCCGAUGACCCUCUCGAGUCGGAAGAGACUCUGCUACUUUCCCUGGAGAUGUUUGCUAACAUUGCACGCACAAAGUACACAGAGUCCGGUCGCAGUAUCGUCAGUGAGUUCAAGGACCUGCUGCUCAAGUAUCGGGAGCUCAUCCAGAGGGCAUCCGCUUUAUCUGGCACCACAUCUCCGCCCAUCGGAGCGAGCGAUAUCAAGGAGAGUCUCAUGGUGAUUGAGAUGCAAUUAACAUGGAUGGUUUAUAUCAUGGCCGCGUGCAUCGGUGCCAGGGUGAUGUAUCAAAGCACUUCGGAACAGGAUCAGGUGGAUGGAGAAUUCGCCUGUGAGGUACUUGGCUUUAUCCAUCAACUCCAAGUAUGGACAACGCAGCGACCCCUGUAUCUCGCUUCUGCCGACGCGCACCUCUAUAUUCAGUCUGCCAUCAUUUACUUUUAUACCGAGUUCAGAACAUCGUACAUCGGCGAAGAUUCCUCCAAAGCAGUCAAGGUGUACACGCAGCUCGCCUCGCGAUGGGGAUUAAAUACUCCCAACCAGGUUCUGGAUGUGAUUUUGAACUCGUCACUGGGUAAUCUUCGUUCGAGUGGCGACCCUGAAUGGCGGAAGCAGGAGGAUCAGCUAGUGCUUCGGACACUGAAGCUGUUUACAAAUCUUUCUUCAGGAUACAGCUCCGUAAAAUACAUUCGAAAAUUGGAUACAACGAAGGCACUACUGAAGAACCAUAGUUCGAGCGAAUUUCGGUUCCUGGAUCCAGCAAGGAAACCCUCCAGUAGUGAUGUCAGUCGUUGCAGGACAAUCUACUACACGAUGCUCGCCAGGAUUUUAUUCGCAGAAGACAAUAUCGAUGCAGACUUUUGGCGGUUUAUCAAGCCAUGGGAAACGACCCUGGACCGGAUAACACUUGCGUUCGAAGGAAGCGGCGAGUUGGGCGAAGAGGAGAUUCGGUUGAUCCUUCUAGGUGUGUUCAAGGACCUGCGGGGAUUUGUGACAAGUAUAAGCAAUCGGAGACAGUUCAACCUGUUUUACGAGUGGUUUUACCCUGCAUACGCUCCUAUCGCCGCGCGUGCGAUUGAGAUUUGGCCACAGAACGAACUUGCGAUCGCAAUCCUCCGUUUUUGGCACGAGUUUGCCACCAACAAGAGCAGCCGUGUCACGUUUGAUAGCAGCAGCCCGAACGGCAUCCUCCUCUUUAGAGAGACAAGCAACGUCCUUUAUACCUAUGGCCAAAACCUCUUAAAUCGGCCCAUAUCAAAUGAGAGCAAUCGUUGGUCAGAAAAGUAUAAGGGCAUAAUGCUUUACUUUGAGAUCAUGUCGGUCUCGCUCUCUGGAAAGUAUGCCAACUUUGGAGUGUUCAAGCUAUAUGGGGACAAAGCCCUGGAUCGUGUCCUGGAAAUUUUCUUCCAGCUGAUGCUUGCUAUUCCCGUGGAUGAUAUGGUUUCCUUCCCGAAACUGGCACAGGCGUACUUCAGGGUGAUUGAUGUAUUCACAACGGACCAUAUGACAGGACUGGCUAUGAUGCCUCAUCCUGUCCUGUCGUAUAUCUUUCGAGCAUUGGGCGAAGUCAUUCCGCUACCUGCAACGGACGCAUAUUGUUCCACAAUGGCUUGCUCUGCCAUUGACAAGGUCUGCACCUUUGUCCUGAACUGGCUGAUUAGGAAUAAAAUCCGCAAGGUUGGUGAUGAAGGUGCGGAUGAAAUGCACGAUAUCCCAGUGGAUAUUGGAAAUCUGGCGACUGUCGGCAGCAAUAAUGGCAAUCACCAUCGAGGGAGUACCGACUUGACAAGUGGCGCGAACUCGCGGUUGCCUAAGCAUCGUCAACAAGAGCAACAGGGAACGCAUUGGCUAGUCGAAUAUGUGCUAUCGAACAAACAAGCGUUUGCCUAUUUACUCAUGGUUCUCUUCCAAGUCAUUGCGUUUGAGAACCGAAGCAACCAAUGGAGUCUGAGCCGACCUUUGCUGGGGCUGAUUCUCCUGAAUAGAGGGUUCUUUGUGGAAUAUACGACCAGAUUUGUGCAAGCACAGCUGCCGGACAGACAGGAGCAACUUCAAAAGGCGGUAGAUGGGCUCAUGGAUGGCAUCGAAAAUAACCUGACGACUGCUAACCGCGACAGGUUCACGACUAACGCCACUGCGUUUAGACGUGAGUGCGCCCAGAUGACGCUCAUGGCUUUGAACUUUGAGGAUAAUGAAAAUAUGCUGCACCUCCUCUGGAAAGCGGAGAUGUAGCUAACCUAACAUAUUACGGAAAUAAAGUGGCAGUCGAUUUCUCCACUAUGGCUGAGAUCAAUACUCGCCAAACCUACCCCCCAAAUGUAUAUCCUUUUCUACAGUUACUUCAUGUCAACUUCAAUGUUUUGUAUGUACAGAAAUGCUUUAAUGAUCAUACUUGUUGCUCAAGAUACGCCGUGCUACAUUGAUCAUAAAAGUUCCAGGGAGGCCCGGCCCAAUAGCAGAGAGGCUUUACUGGCCACCACGGAGACGGAGAACCAAAUGGAGGGUCGACUCCUUCUGAAUGUUGUAGUCCGAGAGGGUGCGGCCGUCCUCAAGCUGCUUGCCGGCGAAAAUGAGGCGCUGCUGGUCUGGGGGGAUACCCUCCUUGUCCUGGAUCUUCUGUUUGACGUUAUCGAUCGUGUCCGA